UGGCGUUCACUCACGCUCGGUUACCCUUCGCACCUACGGCACGCCACAAGACGCAAUGGCUCGGACCAAGCAGACAGCCCGGAAGUCUACCGGUGGGAAGGCACCCCGCAAGCAGCUCGCAACGAAGGCAGCUCGGAAGUCCGCACCCGCCACUGGUGGCAUCAAGAAACCGCAUCGCUACAGGCCUGGCACUGUGGCACUGCGUGAGAUUCGUCGUUACCAGAAAUCUACGGAGAUGCUGAUCCGCAAGCUGCCAUUCCAGCGGUUGGUUCGCGAAGUCGCCCAGGACUUCAAAACUGACCUGCGGUUUCAGAGCUCCGCCGUGCAGGCACUACAGGAGGCCGCCGAAGCGUACCUGGUCGGCCUCUUCGAAGACUGCAACCUGUGUGCCAUUCACGCCAAACGUGUCACCAUAAUGCCCAAGGACGUUCAACUUGCGCGACGCAUCCGCGGGGAACGAGCGUAGCCGCGUUUCUGCACUCCUAGGUGCUCAUCAUGUACAUAUUGACUUCAGCUGCUGUCGGUGCAUCAUUCUCGUGACUGUUUUUUAGCUUCAUGCUCUGCAAUAAAGCUCCUGUCUUGUA